AUGGAAAGGAUAAUCAAGCAUUUUGCUGAGAGGAGAGUUACAAAGAGGAAGUGUCUGUACCUGGGAAGGUGGCUCUUCCCGAUCAUUGGCCACAUGGGGAUCUGCACAUCCACUGGAGUCAUCCGGGACUUCGCGGGGCCGUACUUUGUCUCCUGAUGCAGUGGGAUCUGUUCUCAUCCUCCCAGGUACUGGAAGCUGGAUCCCAACAAAGUCUACGCCACUGGUCCCAACGCCUGGGACACGGCCGUGCACGACGCCUCGGAGGAGUACAAGCACCGCAUGCACAACCUUUGCUGUGAUAACUGCCAUUCCCACGUGGCCCUGGCCUUAAACUUGAUGAGGUAUGAUAACAGCACCUCCUGGAACAUGGUGAAACUCUGCUUCUUCACACUCCUGUAUGGGAAAUACGUCAGCAUAGGGGGGUUUGUGAAGACCUGGCUGCCCUUUAUCCUGUUCCUGGGGGUGAUUGUGACCGUUGUUCUCACCCUGCACCUGCGGUGAUGGCAGCUCUGAACCCCCCAAUCCCUGAGCACACGAAGGAAGAAACUGUGACUGAUCCAGCAGGAUGGAGGUUUGGGACUCUGGGAGCCGUUUUCCAGGGAAGGUGGUGACCCCACUCCAUUGUAACAGCUCAUCUUUGUUUCCUGGAACUGCCUUCUUUUCCUCCUGUUUUUGUUCUGUCGAUGGUGUCUCCCAGUGUCAGGGGUCUGGAAGCUCCUGCUCUCCCCCUGCCUGCAGCUGGG